ACUACCGCGUCAGCGUCAUGGCGGAGAUCAGCGAGUUUGUUAAUGUGCGGCGGCGCUUUAAGACACAAGAACAACAGGAAGAAGACGACGAGCCGAGUGUACAAACUGAGGAGUCUGUAAAGUUGUACAAGACCUCUCGUUUUAAUCGUCAUUCAGUUUUCUGGAUUGUGGCAUCUUUAAGUCUCACCUACUAUGUGGAUUUUUUUAGUGUGGUGCUGAACAGCAGUGACAUACACAGUUGGUGGUUUGCUGUUGGACUGGUGUUGCUGGGACUUUGUCUAAGUCUUGCGGCUUACUGUAUCGUGUAUCUUGAGUGGAUGAAAGGCAUGAAGAAUUAUGAACAUGAAUAUCCUGCUAUACCAGCGGUCACAACUGCUUCCUUCAUUGCUGCGUCCUGCAGUUUUAACGUGGCUCUGUGGCCGAUCUGGUCCUUCUUUACCCCUGUCAUUCUCUUCACUCAGUUCAUGGGAGUCAUCAUGAUGAUAUCACUGCUGGGCUGACACACACGCCUUUCAUGGCAGACGGUGAACUCUCUCGAUCUGUCAUCUGAAGCUGACUGUGGAUAUCCGCUGAUUGAUGUGAGGUGACCUCUGCCGACCCCUCUAUGACCUCUGAUCGCUGCCGAGGAUGCGCUUUAAUGACCAAUGUGAGACGCUGUUGAAUACGACACGGACAAGGUUCUGACCUCUCACAUUAACAGAGACUUAAAAGUGUUUUGGAUUUCAAGUUAAGCCCAUAUUCAUAGCUCCAUGGAGGAGGUCAUUUAAGGUACAUGAGAUAAAUGGCAUGUUUUCACUGAGGUCCUGUAGAUUGCUGAUUAUUUUCUGACUUCAAAAAAAGUCAGGUUGCAUUAUAUUGCUUUUUUUUUUAGAAAUCACACACAUUAAGAAAAAAAAAAUUUUGGUUGGACAAAUAUUGAUGUGUUUUAGUUUCUGCAAUUAUAAACAUGAAUCGAUGUGAUGCAGAGCUAACAGAUUCAUCAACUCAAAGACUCAUUUGCAUUAAAUAUAUCGUAAUAGUUACUCUUUCUCUUGCUCGCUCUCUGUUUCUCUCGCUCUCCUUUCUUUCUUUCGCUCUCUCUCUCUCUAUUUAUUUACUAUAUUAUUUUUUAUUAGUAUGAUUUUGUUAUGUACCCAUAUUGCCAAAGCAUAUGACUGUUUCAGCAGUAACAACCUAAACAAACAGCUUUUGUUAAAUAAGCGCAACUUCUGAAAGACUUCCACAUAAAAUGAAGUCCUUUUACGGUAGUUUAUUUCUGAUAAGAAGGGAAAUAAAUGACUAGUAAUUUAAAAUAAAUUUGUUCAUAUAUCAUAUCUAACGGAUGUUAACUAUUGCACUGAGCUAAUGUUAGUGUGUAAAAUGAACAUAUAAUGUUAGCUACUUUAAUUCUUGCCCAGCUACCAAACCUCUCUGCACAGCUGUGAUCCAUGCUCGUCAUCUUACCCUUGUCUUUCGCAAACCAAAACAUUUCAUUUUCUAUGAGAUAAUUGUUUUAAGAGAUCAGUUUAGCCACACUAGCCAGACUGAUUUAUAAAUAAAUACAGACCGGAAGUUCAUUUUGGUUCAUGCACGUAACCACAACAACGCGCGUGCUUCCCAUGAAAUCGACAGGAAAUUUACACUAACAAAAAACAUUAAGAUGGUAUUAAAAUGAGGUGCUAGGUAAAGAAUAAAAAAUUAUAUAUAUUAUCUAACUAUAAAAAAAUGAGUAAACUUUUUUUAAUUUGCGUUUAGUGGAUUGAGCAUCAUGUUGUUUUAAAGCUUCAUGAAUUUGCUCUUCUGAACUUCAGAGAUGACUUUAAGUGUGUUGAUGGAGGUUUGUGAGUUAAUUAAUGUCAAACGAGUGUCUGAAAAUGACACGCAGAUUACUAUGUUGGCCGAAUAACUCCAGAGUUUAACACUUUGAAUGUUGUGCUCUAGCAGAUUUUUUGUACUGAUUGUUUACAUUGACUCUCUAUACUAACUUUGUAAUGUUUAUUUUCUUUUUUUAUAUUUCUGAAAUGUGACCUUUCAAUCUAAAAUAAAUUAUACCACAUGAAUAGA